AUGUCUGUUGGAUGGAUUACUGUGAUCCUGGUGUUGAUCGCACUUUUGAACGUGGCAUCCAACAUCACAUACCUUGCAGCGGUGACUCGAGAUCUGUUUGCUUUCGCUCGUGAUCGAGGUCUACCAUUCUCUACCUGGCUAGGCACCAUCGAUCGCAAGCGGAUCAUUCCCGUCCAUGCCGCUAUGUUUUCGCAAGUCGUGGCUUGCCUGCUGGCUUUGAUCUACAUCGGAAGUCCUUUGGCAUUCUAUGCAAUCACAUCGCUCGGUGCAGUAGCGUUACUGCAAUGCUACUCGCUGUCGAUCGGCUGCCUACUUUGGCGAAGACUCACUUAUCCAGAGACACUGCCUCCUGCCAAAUUCUCCCUGGGCAUAUGGGGAAUCCCGAUCAACAUCGCCGCCGUGAUCUACGGCUUCUGGGCAAUGUUCUGGGCUUGCUGGCCGCAAACUACACCAGUCACUGCAGGCGGCUUCAACUGGGCCUCACCCAUCUUCGUACUUUGCUUGAUCAUCGCAGGGGUAUACUUUGUCUUCAAGGCCAAGACCGAGUACGUUGGGCCGGUGACAGAGGUCGAGGGAAGAAAGGAGCACUUUAGAUGA